AUGCUUACUUUGACGAGCAGUGAUGGUGAAACAUUUGAAGUGCCAAGGGCGGUAGCAUUUCAAUCCGGAACGAUACGUCGCAUUUGCUCGGGUAUUGAAGAUGCCGGCACAAUUCCUUUAAUUAAUAUUUCCAGCAUCAUUCUCCCGGAACUCAUUCAAUACCUCGAGACUAGCAUCGCAGACGAGUGGAAUGCUUUCAAAAACUUCAAAGCUCAGCUUGUGAAUGCUGAUUUAGAAAAAUUAAAAGCUUUUGUGCGGGCAGCAACGUUUUUGGAGCUCCCCAACCUCGCGAAUGCCGCAGCUGAGGCAAUCAAGCCGAUGGUCAAUACUGACUAUGAAAAAUCUAUUACCCAGGCUUUUAACUUUUAA